AUGAACAUCAAGAUGAACUCUGCAGAAAAAUUAUAUAAUUUACAAGAGUUGUUACAAAUACAAAAUAUAAGUAAAGUAGGAGAAUCAAAGACAAUUGAAUAUUUAAAGAAAAAUGAAACAGAGAUAUGUUCAAUAGCUUAUGACCAAUUACUUCAAAAUGGUAAUUUGCAAAAGGCAAUUGCUGAACAAGCCAAAGAAAACAACCGUUCACCAUUAAAUGUACCUGCUGGUGUACAGUAUGCUCGUGUCUCUAGAGUAUCACAUCAAACUGGUUAUCAUGUGUCUGUUGAACCUCCUCCUUCCUCACCUCCUGAAAAGAGAGUGUACUACCCAUGCAAAGACGAACGAGCAGGUAUUGAGACACUGAUUCGCAUGCUUCGUGUCUCACCAGAGUACCUCUCUCGCAUUCUAUUGGCUGGUGAAGAACCUCUUUCGUCACUACCUAACGAAGAGUCUCUUCCAAAUGUGGUGCUAUCAAUGUUUGGAAACUGUACUACACCCAAUGACGAGUUACUCUUUAUGCAACUCAUCCAGACAAUGAUCAACAUUGAGUAUGCUGAGCAUCUAAACAGAUGGGGUGACAAUGCAUCACCGUCUAGCUACUCCAACAAGGAAAACCUCUCCAACAAGUUACUCAACGCUCACGUAGAACGAUCUUACAAGGCUCCCUAUCACUCUCUCUUUAUGGACUUUAUAGAGGGUCUAGUCUCCGGUAGAGCAUUUUUAUUUGAAAACAAACAAGAUCAUUCAAGUAUUAUAGAUCAGAUAUCUUUAUCUCAUUCUGCUAGAUCAAUUCCAACUCCAACUUCUUCUUCUUCUUCUUCUUCUUCAUUGUCAACUUCUAUUUCAUCAUUAUCAUUAUCAUCUACUUUUAUCGCUUCACCAUCAAUAAUGUCACCACGUGAAUCAUUAAAUAAUGAAUGGGUUGAUACUGGAGCAAGAGAAUUCAUUUCAAGAGUAUUGGAUCAAGUUGACAAGAUACCUUACACACUUCGUUGGCUAUCCAAACAUACUGUACAGUUGGGACGGUCAUCUCACACAGAUGGCGACAAGGAAGCAAUCUUUAAUACCAUCUUCUAUAAUCUUCUAGUUCCCAUAUUGGUGAGACCCGACCAAUUCUUGGGUAUUGAAAUACCAAUGAAAUCAAUGAACCAGUAUUUUGCCAUUGCCAACAGAAUCAGAGAUUUUAUGACCAAACCAGAAACCAUUCCUCAAUCACUCAAGGAACUCUUGAUACCAAAGAUUAAAAACUUUUAUCAACAAGUAACUUUGGUUCCAGAUUUGGAAGAAUAUUUUAAAGCACCAUCAUCAAGAAAUCAAGAAUGUCAAUAUAAAAUACCAAUGUUUAUGUCUGAUUUAUGUAAAUUGUUUAGUGUCAUUGAAUCAUCUAAUAAGGUUAUUCGUAACACAGCCAUCGACCAAUCGUCAUCUGAAAUUAUCAAUUUAUUCGAUAAAUCUAAUUUCCACAGUAAAAUUGAUUAUAGUUAUGACUUGAUGGAGAUUCAUCUUGGUGGACAAGAUAAACCAGUGGAGAAACCAACUAUCACACCUGAACAGUAUUUGUUAAAAUACUGCAAGAAUCAAUUGACUCAAUGUUUAUUAAUGCUCCCUCAAUUAUGUGGUUGUACCAAUAGUAAUGAAACUAUUUGUAAUAUUUUAAAAACUCAACAAAAUAGAAAUAGAGAUAGUAAAUUUCCAGAAAUAAUUAAAGAAACUAUUAAAUCACUCAAUCAAUUACCAAUAGAAUAUCAACAACUUGAUUUUGGUUUAUUAAUGUCUGAAAUGGAGUUGGAUGUACAAGCUGAAAAACUUAAACACAACAAAGAAAAGACUGCGAUCACCAAGAAUAUCAAUGCUUUGAAUGCACAAUUGGAAAGUGCCCUAUCUCAAGAAUCAAUCCUCAUUGAAUCGUUGGUCUAUCAAAAAAGAAAAGCAUAUGAUAAAAUCACCAAUGUCCUUAAAUCGUAUGCUGACCAAAACAUCAAGAGAGUCCUUUGUCAUUGUGAUCCCAUUAAACGUUUUCAAUUUCCACAAAAAGCUGGGGAAGUUGACUGUGAAGUCUGUGAAACCUUACCAAAAAUACUUAGGAAUACAAUGGAAAGACUCAUCAUUGCAUUAAACUCUUCAUGGGAAACAAAAAAUAGACAAGCUCUACAAAAAGUUAUCAUUUCAAUGGAAAAAUCUAUUCUUUCUGAAAUCUAUAAUCAUAUAUUUACAACCUCACAAAGAGAUGUAUUCUUUUUUUCAGAUUUAAAUAGAUUACAAAAUAUUCUUGGUCACGAAGCAUUUAAAAUUAAAGAGUCUGUUUAUGGAACUGUUUUACCAUUUGAAAGUGCCCAAAGAGAAUUACAAAGAAUCAAUCUAUUUAUUACUCCAAAAGAUAAGAUUCAAAUUAUUAAAAAUACUUGGUCACUUGUAACUAAUACAAUGAAAGCAUUGGAUCAAGAAAUAGCACCAGAUGAAUAUUAUAGUAUUAUGAGUUUUGUCAUCUUCAAAGCCAACGUUCCACAUCUUUUAACAAACAUUCAAUAUAUUAAACUUUAUUCCAACAACAAAAUCGUUGAUGAAAAUGAUGAACACGAAUUUACCAUAUUCCUAGGAGCCGUCUCCUAUGUUGACGAAGUUGUAGAAAAAGCAAACAAGACCAUUCCAACUUAUUUUACUGCUGCCUAA